AUGUGUGGUUCUGGCAGCAUGUCGAAGCCCGUCGUUCUUCAUCUACUGGGAUCGGCAGCCAGCGACUACUACGAAGGCGUCUCUGUUCUUUACGCCGAGCAGUGUCUUCAAGAGGCAUUGAAGCACCAGACCUAUGACAACCUUCCUUGCAAGGUCCAUGCAGAUGGCACCUGGAGCUUUCCCAAGGAUCUGUCGAAGGAGUCCAUGGACGAAGCCGAGAAGAUGACCACAGACAAGGCGAUCGCCAAGAUCGCAGAGCUUCAGCCGGGGGCCGUGGUUCCGCAUAUGUUCUGCCUGCCUGGAAUGACUACGUACCGAGCCUUCUGCGACCUGAUGUCCUUGCCUCUCGUGGGCAACGCUGCAGACGUCAUGGCUUUGUCCACCAACAAGUGGCAGUCCAAGGCCAUCGUUCAGUCGUUUGGCGUGAAAGUGCCUGAAGGGGAGUUCCUGUACCAAGGCGACAAGCCGAAGAUGGCUCCGCCCUUCCUUGUGAAGCCCUGCAACGAGGACAACUCCCAGGGCAUCAAUCUCGUGCGAGAGGGAGGCGAUGUGGAUGCGGCUCUGAAGGCGGCGUUUGAGUUCGACACAGAGGUACUCAUCGAGCGCUAUAUCCCGCUUGGCAGGGAGAUCCGGGUGGGCAUCUUGGAACAGGAUGACGGCACACUGGAGAUGCUCCCCUGCAUCGAGUACUUCCUCUCCGAGGCAGAUCCCAUUCGAACGGCGGCUCACAAGUUGGUGAACGACGACAACGGCGUGCCGAAGACGCAGGCGACGGGCGGCCGAAAAUGUCCGGCUGACGUAGAUGAUGUGCUGAAGGCGAAGUUGAAGGACCUUGCCGUUCGCAGCCACAAGGCUUUGGGCUGCCGCGACUACAGCCUCUAUGACGUACGCGUCGACCCAGCAGGGGAGCCCUACUUCAUCGAGGCGUGCCUCUACUGCUCUUUCUCACCGAUGAGUGUCAUCGUUGCGAUGGCCUCGAGCACGGGACGAACCCAGCAGUCCAUCUACGAGAUGCUGGUGAACCGCGCCAUCGGGCGAAAGAGUGCGAAGGCCGGUUUUCUCUCGCACGGUUACUCCGGUUCCUGGACAGCCAACGUGCAGCAGCACUCGAGCUCGCGCAGCAGGCUCAUGCUCGCCCUCACGGUCUUCCUGGUUGCGUUCUUGCCGACGAGGGACUGGCAACGGUCACCCAGCAUCUGGCGGCUUCCCCGUCUAGGUGUUUUCGCACUUCCGCCUCUUGUACCUCGACCUCUGCUCACUGCCCCGGCGAAGGAUGCUACUUGCCGAAUCUGCCAGGAAGUCGGUACAGAGCCGCUCGCCGCCUUCUGUGGCUGCAAAGGCAGCUUGGCACUUGUUCACGGCUCUUGUCUGGAGCGUUGGAGGCAGCUGCAAGGCAGAGGCGAUCGCUGUGAACUCUGUGGCCAGCUGUACAGCGUUGGGGAGGAUCACGGCUUUGCUGCGGCCUCCCUUGCUGACCUCUUGGCUUACCUGUCGAAGCACAAAGACGCGCUGCGCAGCUCAGCCCUGCACGCCCUGCGGCGACUACGCUGCGAUCCUGCACUACGCCGACGCAGUGUCGCCUAUGGUGGCACCGUGCUCUUAGUUUGGGCCUGGCUAUUGGCUACGCGCUCCUGCGAAGGAGCUCGGCCGCGCUUACACGAGGCCUUCAUCCGCUGCACCGGUGAUGCCACGGCCCUUGGGUGGCUACGGGCGGCCGCGGGCGCGGUGGUGAUCGGCCUCACGGGGCGCCUGCUGCUCUUCGGCGCGGAGUGCUUUCCCAGAACAGCACCGCCGUAG